GGCCAAAGCUUUUCACAUUGUUUCACGUGAGAACCACUUGCAGCAGCUGUCUGGCCAAAGCUUUUCAGCUAUCUAGUUAUAAGAAUCAAAAGUCAAGGCACUGUAAACAAAAAAAAAAUGUCUCUUCUUUCCGCAACUCCUUCUUCAACCUUUCUUGACCCUAUUUUGAAAUGGAAGACCAGAGAGCUUCAUCCUAUUUUCAAAUCGAAGACUACCAGAGAGCAUCGCCAGCUAAUCAGCCUUGUCCGAUUCAAAAACAAAGUGUCCAACCCAUAUCCCGUGUCCGUGUCGGCGUCGUGUCAACAUGAACAUCCUUGCCUGAACCGGAGAGUCCAGAGCCAGACGGUCAGGACCGUUGUUGAAGUGCGCUAGUGGAUUGUCACUACACGGAAUUAAGCCAGGACUGUGUGGAGCAGGGGAACAAGGAUCGUUCAACGUGCUGUGCAGAGGAAGAUUAUUGUUUGUGCGCAAUCUGGGAUUGUGUAGCUUGUUAUCCGGGACCAAGCUUACUUGACAGAACGUGGGGUCCCAUCAAGUCACGAUGGCAGAUCUCCAAUUUAUUGGCGCAGUAGAGAAGCUCAACAACCAAAAUUAUAGCAUGUGGCAGACGUGCAUGGAGUCUUAUUUUCAGGGACUUGAUUUGUGGGAGAUUGUUGGCGGUAGUGACAUUACGCCACCUCCAGCAGCAAAUGCUGAAGCACUCCGGAAAUGGCGAAUAAAGGCCGGAAAGGUCAUGUUCGCAAUUAAAACAACUGUUGAGAAGGAAAUGUUGGAGUACAUCAGGUAUGCCAGCACACCAAAGGAAGCUUGGGAUAUAUUACCAGCCCGCAUCAGGGAAAAGGAAAAUGAAAUGCGACGACUUCAACUCCUCGAGAGUGAGCACAUGUCAAGAGAUACAACUAAAUAUGUGUCACUACAUAGGGCCUUGGUGAAGGGUGACUUGGAAAGUGUCAAAGCUUUUCUGGCUCAAGAUGAAAAUGCAAUAUCAGUUCCAAUUUCUCUGAGAGGGGAAAGACCUAUUCAUAUUGCUGUUGCGGAGGGGCACGUGCAGCUGGUGGAGGAACUUGUGAAGAUGAUUAAUCCUGUAUUUUUGGAAUUUAGACAAGAUGAUGGUGAGACAGCACUUCAUAUUGCUGCUAGGGGUGCAGACACAAGAAUAGCGAAAGCAUUGGUGGAAGCCUAUGGGGAAUUGGUAAGAUUGGAAAAUCGAAAUCAUCAUCUCCCAGUCACCCUGGCUGCAAUUUUUGGAAACACAGAGAUGUUUAAUUAUCUACGCUCAGUGACUUCACAACAGGAUCUCAUCCCUAGAAUUGUUAAUAUCCCCCGGUCUUACUUUGAUCAACAAAAUUACAGGAUAUAGGCUAUGUUCGCCGAUUCAAUUAAGGGUGAGAACUAUGGUUUUGCAUUGGACAUGCUGGAAAUCAAUCCGGAAUUGGCAUGUGGUGGAAGUGGCAGGGGUACAUGGGCCUUAUAUACAGUGGCAGAGAUGCCUAUUGCUUUCUCAAGCAGAAAUCUACUUGGAAAUCUUAAAAUAUGGAUGUACAACUUUAUGGACGUUCCACCACCUAAUGUCUAUAAUAAGCGCGAUGAAGAAAAUCUUCCUCAGACCUCCAGAUCUCAGUAUCCUUCCACUUUCAAACGCGUCAAGGAUGAAGUAUUUUUAAUGGUGCUCCGUUGUCUGAAAGGACUAAUGUCAAAUGUUCUUAAAAUCGAUGUCGAGCAAGAAAUAUUGAAUAUGAAGAACAAGCAUAUCCAAGCCCGUGAACUACUAAAAAAGAUGUGUAAUCCAAACUCGACUUCUGAUCCUAAACAGACUGAAGCAUACUUUGAGGCGACAAAAAGAGCCAUCAAAUGUGGGAAUGCUGAAUUUGUUGAGGAAGUUCUAAGGUCCAAUCCUACUUUAUUAUGGGGGAAUAAGGAAAGUGGAAGCAUUUUUCACAUGGCAAUUGCUUGCCGUCAGGAGAGAAUAUGGAACCUCUUCUACGGUUUUAGUAUUGCAAAUAGAAACAAAAUUACAGAAAUUCUAGUAGAAUCGCACAGCAUGCUACAUAUAGCUGCAUGUCCUGUAGUAUUGUCUAAAGUCAUAGGAAGACCAGAUGGAACUUCGGAAAAGCAAGGAGAACAACAGUUCUGGAAGGUGUUCAGUCAUGCCCCAGGUGCAGCUAUGGAAGUGCAAAGAGAAGUACAAUGGUACAAGGAGGUGGAGAGGGUCGUACCAUCUUCACAGAAAUUUCUUUCUAAUGAAAAUGGAGAAACACCUCCAGCUUUGUUCUGGAAAUGGCACUGUGAAUUAGUCAAAGAAGGAGAAAAUUGGAUGAGAGAUACAGCAACAUCAUGUACAAUUGUGGCCACUCUCAUCGUCACUGUUAUGUUUGCUGCAGCCUUCACAUUACCGGGUGGUACUGAUGAUAAUUCAGGGAACCCUAAGUUCCUACAACGUAACUCCUUUAUGGUUUUUGUUAUAUCAGAUGCAUUAUCUCUAUUCUCUUCUGUUACUUCAGUGUUAAUGUUCCUGAGCAUUCUCACUUCACACUACGCGGAAAAGGAUUUCCUCAAGUCAUUACCCAAGAGACUGAUAAUAGGUCUCGCCACCCUUUUCUUAUCUAUUGCCACCAUGAUGGUAGCCUUUGGUGCCACUCUUGUUAUUGUGCUUGGUGAGCAAAUAAGUUGGGCUGCUGCUCCAGUUUCAUUGCUAGCUAGUGUACCGGUAACCUUAUUUGCUUUAUUGCAAUUUCCUCUGUUUGUCAACAUGGUCUCAUCUACCUAUGGACACGGUAUCUUCAACCGGAAAACAAAAAGCUUGUUUGUUUAACUCCUCAAAUGACAGUGAUCUUGCCUCUUGGAAAUUGUACAUGUUUGUGUGUAAUCUUGUUGGGAUUUAUAUGCCCUGGCAUAGCAAAUUCCUAUCUGGAUUAUAGUGACAUAUGUUCCUGACAUAUCUGAAAUAUUUAUGAUUUAUAUAAUUGGUGAAUUCAAUGUA